AUGGACUAAAUAUCAGAUGAGGCGAUCAAUGCUAUGCCAAAGAAACCACAAAAUGCUUACAUGUUAUUCAGAGCGGAUACUUAUGAUGACCUUAAGAAAAAGAACUAAGAUAAAAGUAUGACUGAAUUGACUUCAAUGAUAUCAGCCUUGUGGGGAGAGUUGGAAGACAAGAAGAAGGAAGUAUUUCAUUUAUUAAGAACUCUAAAUUAGAAAUACAACAAAGAUUAUGACAAGGCUACUGAGUAAUACAAGACUGAUUAUGCCGGGUGGUUGAAGAAGUACAAGUUGGAUGAGGAUAAAGUAAAGAAGUUUCUCAAGGACAAUAAAUAAGCUAAAAAGAGGAAUAAGAAGGGUUCCAAGAAGGUUACUAAAGCUUCAAAGAAUGAAGACGAAAGUGACGAUGAGGAUGAACAGAAAAUUUAGUCAUUAAAAAAUAAGAACUAAAAAAAACAAUAAGAGUAGAAGGAGUAGAAUGUGUAAAAGAACACUAAAGACAAUAAGGAGUAAUAGAAACCCAAGGUAAAUCCAUAAUAAUAGAAGGAGAAGGAUAAGAAAGAAAACAAGAAAAAGUGA